AAACGCUCCCAAACCGGGUCAGUUGACAAGAAAAGCCCAUCUGUUGGAUUAAUUAUGAUGUCCUUUAAAAUCAGGACUCAUGAGGAAUUACCUGGCAGGGUGCUCAGAUAAAUACCAUCAUCACAGGCUUUACGCCAGCUUCAACGCAGCGCUUUCUCCUGAAUGGGGAGAGCAUCAUGUGAAACUUGAGGCGUCUGGCAUCAGGAUUUGUGCGCGGACGCGGCACGCACUGUGGCUGCAGCAGGACGCAGCGAGAUGGACGUUUCAUUCCUGUGGUGUCUGUCUCUGUGUUUGCGUGUUGGAUCCACACAGAGUGACGCGUGCAUGGGGGACAUCAUCCAGGACAUUAUUGGGUCUGUGUUGGUGAGAUAUGGAGACCGGGCGCGCUCUGGAUGCAUCCUGCGCUGUGAAGUUUGCGUGGAAGCGGAUCAACAGAAAACCUGUAUUUCUUUUCCCAGAGGAGAUGUGGCAGGACCUUUCAGUAUGACAUAAACUAAAAUCCCCCCAUCCUACACGUCUUCAGGGAUGGAUCUCAUGAACCUCACCACUGUCAUCGACAAUGGCUUCUUAGAUGAGAUGCCAUCGCGCCGUGUGCUGACCGGCUGCUUCCUCUCGCUGCUCAUCCUCACCACGCUGCUCGGAAACACGCUGGUUUGUGCAGCCGUCACCAAGUUCCGUCACCUCCGCUCCAAAGUCACCAACUUCUUUGUGAUCUCAUUGGCUGUGAGCGACCUCUUGGUUGCCAUCUUGGUGAUGCCCUGGAAGGCUGUAACGGAGAUCGUGGGCUUCUGGCCAUUCGGGUCCUUCUGUGACACCUGGGUGGCUUUUGACAUCAUGUGCUCAACAGCAUCCAUUUUGAACCUUUGUGUUAUAAGCUUAGACCGCUACUGGGCCAUCUCCAGCCCCUUUCGCUACGAGAGGAAGAUGACACCCAGAGUGGCCUAUGUUAUGAUCAGUGUGGCCUGGACAUUGUCUGUUCUGAUUUCUUUUAUCCCUGUGCAGCUCAACUGGCACAAAGCCCAGAGUAAACCUUACAAGCCGCUCACUGAGUCAUUAGUGCCGUUGGGAUCAAACACUACAUCUCUCCACACAUCUGAAAAUUGUGACUCCAGCCUGAAUAGGACCUACGCUAUCUCCACCUCUCUCAUAAGCUUCUAUAUCCCUGUUGUCAUAAUGGUUGCCACAUACACACAAAUUUAUCGCAUUGCUCACAGACAAAUCAGAAGGAUCUCCGCCCUGGAGCGUGCCGCAGAGAGUGCCAAGAACAGACACAACAGUUUGGGCCGAGGCUCCAGCAUCGCAGAGUCCGAAAGCUCUUUCAAAAUGACAUUCAAAAGGGAGACAAAGGUGCUGAAGACGCUGUCUGUGAUAAUGGGGGUGUUUGUGUGCUGCUGGCUGCCAUUUUUCAUUCUGAACUGCAUGGUGCCCUUCUGCGAGCAGUCGAGCGGAGGAGAGGCCUUCACUUGCAUAAGCCCCACCACCUUUGACGUGUUUGUGUGGUUCGGUUGGGCGAACUCUUCCCUCAACCCCAUCAUCUAUGCCUUCAAUGCCGAUUUCCGCAAGGCCUUUUCCAUCCUGCUGGGCUGCCACAGACUGCAUCCAGGAGGCCACAACGUAGAGACGGCCAGUCUAAACAAGAAGUGACUCAUGACUCUCCCAGCACUGACUCAUCCCUUUAUUCCAGGAGUCCAGGAGUUUAAUGUGCAUCCGGUCUGGCUGAGAAGAGGACGUCGCUGUCUGUGGUUCUGAGUGGGACUGGAUGGUACUGUGACACUACGUGUGCACACGUUUGCAUUGCUUGAAUGUGACCCUGCUGUGUUUUCUGUCACUGUUACACAACCUUCAGAAUUGAGAAUAAUAUCUGAAAGCAGAGUGGAUUUGGGAUUGAGAUUAAGAUGUUGCUAGUUGGGCCAGUAGUCUGAGUAUGUACCGGUACUGACAUGGUUCCAGGAUGGAUAAUCCAUAGAACUGGGCAGCCUGCACUGCUGUCCUCCUUAUCGUCCCACUCUGCUGCACACAGUGUCAAGGCACUCUCAGCUGAAUACAGUGCAACUGCUGCACAAUUCAUGCACUUUACAAAAUUACACGACAGCUCACAAAUCUACUGUCGCACAUGAGAUUGGAAAUUCUCUGCAAGGACCAAGGUAAUGCAUCUAACCAAAUCAUGCCGGGUGUAAGCGUGGGAACACAACACAUCCACAAGUGGCUUAAUAUUUAGGACAGAAUGCAAAACAGACUAGAUGAAAUGAUUUAUGUUUUAUUUGACAGCUCUCUAAAGGGAACGCUGCUUUCUGAUUUUAUUUUAAAGGUAACAUGUUGGUGUGACCAUUUACUAAGCUAGUGGGAUUUUCCUUUAGCUCUGCCUUUUCUUGGAUUAGUAUAGAUAAAGUUCAUAUUAAAGUACUUUAGCUUGAAACUGCACCAUGAAAUUGUCAGAGGACUGCAAUCAGACAAUUUUAAUAAACUGUUUUUUAUCAGUGAACAUAAAAAAGCCACACUUCCAAAGACACUGAAACUGGAAACUAUUACUGCCGGAGAAAGACUUAAAAUCAUUUUUUUCUGUUAGUAAGGUGCUUAAACUAAAGAAAAUUGGAAAACAAAUGUUUCCUCUAUUGGAAACAUAUCCGUGUUUUACUUAGGCUAUAAGAGAGUCCAAAUGUUAACAAAAAUAGUCACUUAGAUAACUAUUUUUGUUUUAAAUUUUUUCUCUUGUCCUAAUUUUGAAUUAACAUUCAAGACCUGAUGGUUAUAAAGACCCUGAAAUUGGGAUCAGAAAUGUAUCAUAAAAUUAUUUUUGUUAAAUUUACUCUUAGUUUGAUUUAUUUUGGAGCUCACAUAACAACAAAACUCAACAAAAGCUUUAACAACACCAGUUAUUUCAAGGUCUGUCCUGCUGGGUUAAAAUCCCUUAACUAUUUUAGAGUAUUAAUAAAAAAAAAAAAAAAUCAGUUCUUAAAAAUAUCAUGUUUUUUACGCCAUAAAAUUAUUCUAUGCUUCUUGGUUGGGAUAGUUGAUUUAAAUACAUUAGGAACUUAACCUACAGCUUUAAAGUAAAAAAUAAACCAGAAUAUAUGCUGUUGUUUGAUCAAUUUAGGGAACUUCUAGAAUAGUUUUUACUUUAGAUUUUUUUUUCAUUUUCCUAGUUGAUAACUAGUGUGACCUAUUUAAGGGAUUAGUCUGACCACUGAUGGGAUGAGUGAUGCAUCCGUGAUUUCAUGAGAAUUAAUGGACAUUGAUUAGUAUAGAUUAUGAGUUAUUAAAUAAUAAAGAUUGUAAACCAAUCCUGAGAUUUUAAGAAACAAACGAGUGAAAGGACUUGAUGAAUAAGUGGAAGGAUUCUUGCUAAAUAGCUGAAAGUUUAGAGAAACAUGUGCUUUAUUAAAAUACAUUAAAUACUUUCAAACCGGAAACAUCAUGGAAAAAUAUUUACUUACAUAAAUAUUAAAUAUGGGUAAGCCAUGUAAGUGGGAGGAUUUCACUGGCACUCAUUGUUAUGAUUGUAAUUGCAGAUUGGAGCUUAACCAUUAUACAUUCUGUUUAACAUUAAUGACUUUUUAAAAACAACAAUUAAGUAUACGGUUUUGAUUUUAUUACACAGCUUUCUUUCUGCACUGCAAAAACAAUAUG